AUGGGUAUCUUAGUCAAAUCCAGAUCCAGAUCCUUGAAGGAUGUCGAGAUUCCAGCCGGAACCAAGACUUUAAGCUCUGCGUUGGAUUCGAUUUCCGCUAAAAAUAAGAAUAUCAACACGAACCGUAUCAGAUUGACUAUUCUAAAGGAAGAUAAGCAGAUUCCCAUAACGUCCGAUCAUGCUUUCGAAGAUUUGAGCACAGUCCAACUGUUUGCGAAGGACAUUGGUCCCCAAAUUUCAUGGAGAUUUGUCUUCUGCAUGGAAUAUUUGGGUCCUAUAAUCCUGCAUUCCCUCAUGUACUAUUUGUCUACGAGGCCGGCACUGGCCAAAUAUCAUUGCAAGUCGCGUGGCUAUAAUCCGUUUGUCAAUAAAGUUGCUUACCUACUUGUAAUGGUUCACUAUGUUAAGAGGGAGUUGGAAUCCUUGUUCCUUCACAAGUUCGCACAAUCAACAAUGCCAUUGUUUAACUUGUUCAAGAAUUCCUUUCACUACUGGAUUCUUAACGGAGCUAUCUCUUUGGGUUAUUUCGGUUACGGAUUUAUACUCAAGGAUGCCACCGUUUUCAAGCUUUAUUCCACUUUCAAGUUAGAUAAUAGCUUUAACCUUUUGCUAAGCGUUUUCAUGGUGGCUGAAUUUUGGAACUUUUACACUCACUACCAGCUGCGUCGUUGGGGAGAUUCUCAAAAAGCCAAAGGCAUCACCCAGCGCGUUCCGUUGGAGGAUGGUAUAUUCAAAAUAUUCGUGGCCCCUAACUAUACUUUUGAAGUGCUAGCUUGGACGGCUUUCACGUUGAUUUUCAAACUCAAUGUGUUCGCCGUCUUUUUCUUAGCCGUCUCUACUGUGCAGCUUUAUGCUUGGGCUGCUAAAAAGAAUCGGAAAUAUGGUACAAGGAGGGCGUUUUUGAUCCCCUACAUCUUUUAA